UUCACCGCGAGCGCAAUGAAUUACAACAAGUCUGGCAGUGUCAGCGGUCCGUCCCGUAGCAACUCCGGUUCGGUGGACGAGCUUGUGAUAACAUCGACUUUCGGGACGCUGCUGUCAGUGGUUUACAUCGUUGGAGUUUCGGGAAACGUCUACACCCUGGUAGUUAUGUGUCAUUCCAUACGCUUCGCCACUUCCAUGUACAUCUCCAUCAUCAACCUGGCGCUCGCGGAUCUUCUUUACCUCUCCACGAUUCCUUUUGUCGUGUGCACGUACUUUCUGAAGGACUGGUAUUUUGGAGAUGUGGGCUGCAAGAUACUGCUAAGUCUGGACCUGGUAACUAUGCACGCGAGCAUCUUUACUCUGACAGUGAUGUGUAUGGAGCGAUACCUGGCAGUGACUAAACCAUUGGAUACCGUGAAACGCUCCAAAAGCUAUCGAAAAGCCAUGGCGUGGGGAGUUUGGAUUUUAUCCCUCGUCCUAACUCUUCCCAUGAUGGUCAUGGUUAACCAGACUACUAAAACAACCGCAGAUGGAGGGGUGAAAAGAAUGUGCGCACCCACCUGGGCACCCCAGGCGUAUAAAUUGUACUUGACUAUCCUGUUCUGUACGAGCAUAAUGGCGCCAGGGCUUGUAAUUGGUUAUUUGUACACCAGGCUAGCCAAGACGUACCUGGAGUCUCAAAAGACGUCGGCUGUAAAUAAAAGCAGCAAGCGCUCGCCAAAACAGAAAGUUUUGAUAAUGAUUUUCACGAUAGUGCUCGUGUUCUGGGCGUGUUUUCUGCCCUUCUGGAUAUGGCAGCUUGUCCCCCUGUACCACAAGCCCUUCAGUUUAGCCUCACACACGCACACGAGCAUCAAUUACCUCGUGGCGAGUCUGACCUACAGCAACAGCUGCAUCAAUCCGUUUUUGUACACGCUCCUGACCAAAAAUUAUCGAGAGUAUCUUAAAAACCGACACAAGAGUUUUUAUCGCUACACGUCAUCAUUUAAAAAGCGCCCACCGAGCUUGUACUCUUGGGGAAAGUCUGCGUCAUCCAGUAAUCAGUUUGACUUCAACUCUGAGACGCUUGUCAUGGCGCAGUUAAAGGUGAUGCAGUGAAGAGAUUGGAAAGCCUAACCCGACCCGUUCGUGUAAAGGUUACCGUCACUCGUCCGUUCGAGACAGAUGGAUCCUACGGCAGGGAGGGGUCAUCAAUGGCAUAAUCGGGGUCACAUGUGAAAGACACCGUAAUGGCAUAUCGUGUGCCCCAAACGACCUUCUCCACAUGGUGGAGGU